GCAUCAACCUCCAAAAUUCCCGCCUAAAUGUCACGCUAGGAAAAUAACGUUGUGAUCAGGAUAGAAGAUUUUAUCUGACCCUGCAUACAGUUCAUCAGUAUAUUAGAAUAAAGUAUGGCCAGUCGCAUCAACACAGACACUGAAAAGAAGUAUGGUUUGGUGUCAGGACAAAAACCUGUGUUGUUAACAGAAUCAAAGACACAUGUGACAAUCCAAGGGUUCAUUGCCAAUGUUGAAUCUAAAUUGACCUAUGUUAACAACAGCAAAGAAUUUAUAGAGACACGUUAUGUAUUCCCUAUUGACGACAUGUCAGCUGUGUAUCAGGUUGAAGCAGAUAUUAAUGGCAAACACAUUGUAGUAGAAUGUCAAGAAAAGCAGCAGGCCAAGAUAACCUUUGAAGAAGCUACAUCUACUGGUCAAGCUGCUUUCUUUCUAUCAGAGAGUGAAUAUGCUGGAGAUAUUUUUGUGUGUAAGCUUGGUAACUUGGAUGCUGGGGAAACUGCUGUAUUGACCAUGGCAUAUGUUGUAGAGUUAACUGUUCAACCAGAUGGGGAUCUGAAUUUUGUGUUGCCAUAUGUUUUGAAUACUAGAUAUCCAUCAGCUGGAGAUGCAAGAGAUACAAGGAACUCAAUACAACCUGUUAAGUUAGGAUUCACUGCAUCAGUAAAGGGUCAUCACAAAAUCAAAUCUCUAAGCUCUUAUAGAGAUGAUUUACAGUUGCAGAUAUCUGAUGAUAAACAUUCAGCAGAGAUAAAGUUAAAGGACAUAGUUCAUCAAAACAGAGAUUUGGAAUUUUCUGUGUCGUAUGAUGAUGUUUCUAAGCCAGAAGCAAUUUUAGAAGUUGGUGAUCGUAGUAAAGAUGGAUUAUUAAAAGAAGAUGUUUUGAUGUUGAAUUUUAUACCAGAUUUGAAGAAUCAUUGUGGAAAUGUUAAAAGGGAAUUUAUAUUUGUUAUGGACAGAUCAGGUAGUAUGAAUGGAGAUAGAAUGGAAAAAUCUAAAGCAGCUUUACUCCUUUUCUUGAAGAGUUUACCUGUUGGAUGUCUUUUCAAUAUUGUGUCAUUUGGAAGUAAUUACAGUUUUUUAUUUGACAGAAGUCAACAAUAUAAUAAGGAAAGUCUUAAUGCUGCAAAACUUCAUCAAAAUGAAAUGAUGGCCAACAUGGGGGGAACAAAUAUUCUAUCUCCAUUAUCAGCAAUCUAUAGCAUGGAGAAUAAUAAAGACUAUCCACGACAGAUAUUCCUGUUGACAGAUGGUGAAGUUGGCAAUACUGAAGCUGUUGUAAAUUUAGUUGGACAAAAUUCUCAUAAUUCAAGAGUAUUUACAUUUGGAGUUGGUCAUGGAGCUUCUACAAGUCUGAUAAAAAAUGUAGCUAAAGCUGGUGCUGGGAGAGAAACAUUUAUCAAAGAUGAAAAAGACAACAUGAAAGCCAAGGUGAUAAGAGCUUUAGAGUUUUCAAUGGAAGAUAGUUUUGCAGAUAUUGUUUUGGAAUGGAAUCUUCCCAAAGGAUGCACAGCUACAAACAUCCCUUCACAACAACCUAAUGUAUUUAAUGGAGAUAGACUUUCCAUUUUUGCUCUUCUUCAGAAUACAAAUAAAGCGAAAUCUGUUAAAGGGUCAGUAACUCUGAAAGGUUUUAUUUCGGGAAAACUGCUUGCUCAUACUAUGGAUAUCAAAGCCUCAUCAUAUAUGCACCCAGAUUUGCCUAUUCAUCGUGUGGCUGCAAAACACCAAAUUAAAGAGCUAGAAAAAGGCCCGUUAUCAGACGACGCUAAAGAGAAGAUCAUCAUGAUAAGUACAGCAGCUAAAAUUAUAUCUAGAUUCACAGCCUUUGUAGGAGUUGAUGUGCAAACCAAACUACCAGUUACUAAUAAAAAGGGUCAAAUGGGUAAGUUUUUUACUAGUUCACCUGGCCCAAAUGGCACUUUCAAGAAAUAUGUUCAGUUAGUGUGUUCAGCCAAUGGCACUUUCAAUAAAUAUGUUCCUGAAGAAGUAUACAUCAAGACCACAACAGGAAAGACACUCAUUGUACAAAUUGACAGCAGUAGCACCAUUUUUGAUUUAAAGCAUGCCAUUCAGUUCCAAGAAGGUAUUCCACCUGAUCAACAAAGACUUAUACAUGCAGGAAGACAAUUGAUAGAUGAUCGCACUUUAGAUGAUUAUGGUAUUACAGCUGGUGCUACACUUCACAUGGUACUGAGACUUCGAGGAGGGGGGUAUGGUCCAGAGCAAUGGAUAAAGAUUGGAUCGGAAAAAUAUGGUGAUAUUAUGAUGAAUUUAGUAGAUCUUCAGCAGUUUGAUGGACCAUGGAAGUAUUCAGAUGAUUUAGUGAAGUUCUUGGGAACAAAUGAAAAAAAAUUAAAGAAAUUUGAUAGUUUCAAAAGUUACCAGUUGGAUGUUUGGUGCACAGCCUAUGUUAUAGUGUUCCUACAGAAAUAUCUUGAGAAACAUGCUGAUGAAUUGAAGUUCAUUGUGAGCAAAGCUAUGAGUUGGUUAGAGUCACAGAACUUGUCAGGGCAGGAUGUGAACAAGUUAUUAAAUGAUAUCAGGGAUCAAGAUAUGCCUAUUAUGUAUUGAUAUACACACAGUCUUCAUUGUUAAAGUUAACACUAUAAUUAACCUACUCAUAUGUGCAUGUAAAUAUCAUAUAAUGUCACAUACUGAUAAUGGUAGAUAUUUUGUGUUUGUCAUCUGUGUGACAACAUUUAUCAUAGUUUUACAUCAGUUGAUAUUUUGUGGAAUACAUAUUAAUAUUAUGCAUCUGCAAUUAUUCUGCAUGGCUAUGUGCCAUAAGUAUCAGUGUGAAUUAAAUCUAAUAUGUCUGAUAGAUUAUAGCUGAUACCAUAUCAGUUAAUCAGUAAACUAAGAGUGUCCCUCAGGUAUACGAACAGGGAUGUUUUUGAAAUUUUUAAUGAUAUUCAUAUUGUUUUUGUUUUAUUUUGAAAGAAGUGCAAGUAGAAAGCAUUUCAAUUUGUGAAUCAUAGUUUUUAGGUCCUGUGGCCCAAAGAUGUUGUUGUUUUUCUCUGAUAACUUAUACAAAAAUUAACUUCUCUGAAACUACUGAGCUAAAGGCCAAUGGGUGAUAAGGGCUUUUUGUUGGCCCUUCUCCCAAAUUUCUUUUAAAUUUUCAUGUUGUUACUUUUUACCAUAUAUUAGAAGAAGAAAAACAGUUUGAAUUUUGGUGUUUUUGGCUCUUAUGUUGAAAGCUUAAUUGGAAAUUUAAACAACAUUUCAUAAACCACAUAAAGUAAACAUCCCUCUGUACCUCUUAAUUAAGCAAGCUUGAAUUCAUACCUCACAUGAAGUAAUGUCCCCUCUAAAACUCAACACUAACCAUGCCUGAAUACAUAACCCACAUGAAGAUAAGUGACCACUGAACCUUGACAUUAACAAAGCCAAAAGGCCACUCUAGAACUACAUUAUCAACCAUAAGAAAUAUAAAAGUUAUUAAACCUAAAAUAUAGUUAUCUUGAUGUUAUCUUAAAGUAGAAACUGUAGCAGCAUAGUCCUAUGAUACAAUAGCUUUUUAGCUCACCUGGCCUAAAAGGCCAAGUGAGCUUUUCUCAUCACUUGGCGUCCAUCGUCCGUUGUUGUUAACUUUUACAAAAAUCUUCUUCUCUGAAACUACUGGGCCAAAUUAAACCAAACUUGGCCACAAUCAUCAAUGAUGUAUCUAGUUUGAAAUUUAUGAACCGGCUAACCAACCAAGAUGGCCGCCAUGGCUAAAAAUAGAACAUAGGGAUAAAAUGCAGUUUUUGGCUUAUAACUCAAGAACCAAAGCAUUUAGAGCAAAUCUGAAAUGGGGUAAAAUUGUUAAUCAGGUCAAGAUCUACCUGCUCUAAAAUUUUCAGAUGAAUCAGACAACCCAUUGUUGGGUUGCUGCCCCUAAAUCAUUGUAAAUUGGUAAUUUUAAGGAAAUUUUACUGUUUUUGGUUAUUAUCUUGAAUAUUAUUAUAAAUGGAGAUAAACUGUAAACAGCAAUAAUGUUCAGCAAAGUAAGAUUUACAAAUAAGUCAACAUGACCAAAAUGGUCAGUUGACCCCUUUAGGAGUUAUUGCCCUUUAUAGUCAAUUUUUAACCAUUUUUCGUAAAUCUCCAUGAUCUUUUACAAAAAUCUUCUCCUCUGAAACUACUGGGCCAAAUUAUUCCAAACUUGGUCACAAUCAUUAUUGAUGUAUCUUGUAAAAGUGUGUUUUUUGACCCAGCCAACCAUCCAAGAUGGCCGUCACAUCUAAAAAUAGAACAUGGAGGUUAAAUGCAGUUUUUGGUUAUUACUCAAAAACCAAAGCAUUUAGAGCAAAUCUGACAAGGGGUAAAAUUGUUUAUCUGGUCAAGAUCUAUCUGCCCUCAAAUUUUAAGAUGAAUGGGACAACCUGUUGUUGGGUUGCUGCCCCUGAAUUGGUAAUUUUAGGGAAAUUUUGCUGUUUUUGGAUAUUAUCUUGAAUAUUAUUAUGGAUAGAGAUAAACUGUAAAUAGCAAAAAUGUUCAGCAAAGUAAGAUUUACAAAUAAGUCAACAGGACCAAAAUGGUCAGUUGACCCCUUUAGGAGUUAUUGCCCUUUAUAGUCAAUUUUUAACCUUUUUUCGUAAAUUUUAUAGAUAUUUUACAAAAACCUUCUCCUCUGAAACUACUGGGCCAAAUUAACCAAACUUGGCCACAAUGAUCAUUAGGCUAUUUAGUUUAAAAAUUGUGUUUUGUUACUGGGCAAACCAACCAAGAUGGCCGCUACAGCUAAAAAUAGAAAAUAGGGGUAAAAUGCAGUUUUUGGCUUAUAACUCAAAAAUCAAAGCAUUUAGAGCAAAUCUGACGAGGGUAAAAUUGUUUAUCUGGUCAAGAUCUAUCUGCCCUGAAAUUUUUAGAUGAAUCAGACAACUCGUUAUUAGGUUGCUGCCCCUAAAUUGGUAAUUUUAAGGAAAUUUUGCUGUUUUGGGUUAUUAUCUUGAAUAUUAUUAUAGAUAGAGAUAAACUGUAAACAGCAUUAAUGUACAGCAAUUUAAGACUAAAAAAUAAGUCAAAAUGACCAAAAUGGUCAAUUGACCCCCCUAAGAAGUUAUUGCGUUUAUAAUCAAUUUUUAACAAUUUUCAUAAAAUUUGUAAAUUUUUACUAACAUUUUCCACUGAAACUACACGGACAAGUUCAUUAUAGAUAGAGAUAAUUGUAAGCAUCAAGAAUGUUCAGUAAAGUAGGAUGUUCAAACACAUCAAGUAAAGUAGGAUGUUCAAACGCAUCACAAUCAUCUAAACACAAUUUUGUCAUGAACUGUCUGCUUCCUUUGUUUAAUUUAAAUAUACCAAGGUUAGCGACACAGGCUCUUUAGAGCCUCUAGUUUGUUUAUCUUGACAUGUGUGUAUACAUAUUUUGUUAUGAUUGUUAGAAUAGUUAUUGUUAAAUAUGUUUUUCAUUUUAAUAAAAAUUUUCAAACCUU